CCUAGGAGUCUUGCUCUCUCAAGACUCGGUCUUUGUCCAAAAAAAAAACACAAACACUUCCCUUAUGCUCUCACUCUCACACCCACUGCGUUCUUGCUCUACUUGUCUUCGCCUACACUCUGCUCUCCGCUCUCUCCGUCACUCCUCUCUCUUCCCCAUUCCGAUUUCGCCAAACCCUAAUCGCGCCAUGUCCUCCAAUCGCCCCUCCGCCUUCGACGCUCUCAUGUCCGGCGCACGCGCCGCCGCCGCCAAGAAAAAGCCCCAACCCUCUUCCUCUUCCUCCCCCAAGAAGCGCAAAACCCUAAACCCCAGCCCUAGCUCCAAUUCCGCGCCCAAGGAAAAUCCCCAAUUGCUAUCCAAACCAGAAGACGCUGCUCCGAGCCCGGCCGCGGAAUCCAAACCAGAAAUGGAGGAAGAAGGUCAAGACCAGUCUGGCAAUGGCGCCGAGCUGGCACCGACGGCGAAGAAAGUGUGCGCGGCGGCCGGAGUGGAGGAGCGGACGGCUCAAUUGGCGGGUAGAAUUGAGCUGUUGAAGAAGAAGGCCCUUGAUUUUGACCCGAAGCUGAUGGCGAAUUGGGACAAGGGCGAAAGGGUUCCGUUUAUGUUUCUUUCUUUGGUUUUCAAUUUGAUUUCCAAAGAGUCUGGGCGGAUUGUGAUUACGGAUAUAGUGUGUAAUAUGCUUAGGACUGUAAUCUACACCACGCCGGAGGAUUUGCUCCCGGUGGUUUAUCUCUCGGCCAAUAAGAUUGCUCCGGCACAUGAGGGAUUGGAGCUUGGCAUUGGGGACUCUUCAAUUAUCAAGGCGCUUUCGCAGGCUUGUGGGAGGAGUGAAAAGGACGUUAAGAAGCGCUAUGAUGCAGAAGGGGACUUGGGUAUUGUUGCACAGAAAAGCCGUUCAUCCCAAACGAUGAUGCGCAAGCCUGAGCCAUUGACUGUCAGCAAGGUUUUCAACACAUUUCGCACCCUUGCUAAGGAAUCUGGGAAGGAUAGCCAGGAGAAGAAAAAGAACCAUAUGAAGGCACUUCUUGUUGCUGCCACUGACUGUGAACCUCUGUAUUUGAUCCGUUUGCUUCAGUCGAAGUUGCGAAUUGGAUUGGCAGAGCAGACUCUUUUGGCUGCACUGGGACAAGCUGCAGUCUAUACUGAAGAACAUUCUAAACCACCUCCUGAAAUUCAGUCUCCUUUAGAAGAGGCUGCAAAGAUUGUUAAACAAGUGUACUCUCUGCUUCCUGUUUACGAUAAGAUCAUCCCUGCCCUUCUGAGUGGUGGUGUUUGGAAUCUUCCAAAAACGUGUAGCUUUACUUUGGGUAUCCCAGUUGGACCUAUGCUUGCAAAGCCAAGUAAAGGGGUAUCUGAGAUUGUCCAAAAGUUUCAAGAUACAGAAUACACCUGUGAAUACAAGUAUGAUGGAGAGCGUGCCCAGAUACAUUACAUGGAGGAUGGUAUUGUUGAGAUAUACAGUCGAAAUGCUGAACGAAACACCGGAAAGUUCCCUGAUGUUGCGAUUGCAGUGUCAAGGUUAAAGAAGUCGUCUGUAAAAUCAUUUGUUUUAGAUUGUGAAUUGGUUGCCUAUGACCGUGCAAAUAACAAAAUUCUGCCCUUCCAGGUACUUAGCACCCGAGCCCGUAAAAAUGUGAGCAUGAGCGAUAUUAAGAUUGAGGUCUGCAUAUUUGCUUUUGAUAUGUUGUUUCUUAAUGGUCGACCACUUACUCAAGAACAGCUCAAAGUUCGCAGAGAGUAUCUUUAUGACUCUUUUGAGGAAGAAGCUGGAAUUUUUCAGUUUGCCACAGCAAUAACCUCAAAGGAUAUUGAUGAAAUACAAACAUUUCUUGAUGCCGCCGUUAAUUCAAGUUCUGAGGGUUUAAUAAUCAAAACAUUAAGCAAAGAUGCCACAUACGAGCCUUCGAAGCGGUCACUUAACUGGCUGAAAUUGAAGAAAGAUUACAUGGAUAGUUUCGGGGACUCACUGGACUUGGUACCUAUUGCUGCUUUCCAUGGCCGGGGAAAACGUACAGGUGUCUAUGGUGCUUUUCUCCUUGCUUGCUACGAUAGCAAUAAUGAAGAGUUUCAAAGCAUAUGUAAAAUAGGCACUGGAUUUUCUGAAGCAGUGCUUGAAGAGCGUUCUGCCAGCCUGCGUGAAACAGUGAUACCUAAACCUAAGACAUACUAUAGCUAUGCAGAAACAAGUAAUGCAAAUACUCCAGAUGUAUGGUUUGAACCCACUCAGGUUUGGGAGGUGAAAGCUGCUGACUUGACUAUUAGUCCUGUGUAUCGUGCUGCAGUAGGCAUAGUGGAUUCUAACAAGGGUAUUUCUCUUCGAUUUCCACGUCUUGUUCGUGUUAGGGAAGAUAAAAAACCAGAGGAAGCUUCAUCAUCUGAGCAGGUUGCUGAUAUGUAUUCUGCUCAAUCCAACAAAAGUUCUAAUCACCAAGAUGACAAGGAAGAUGAAGACUAGGAACAAGAGUUCUCUGUAAAGACCGGCAGUGGAUAUCUCAAUGUAUACCUGUAGGAUUGAACCAAUACAAGAGAGGCACAAUUACAAUCCUUGGACGUGUUUCACUGAUAAAAUGGUGCCAAACUUUGAGAUUAUCGGUGCUUACAUGUAGCUGAUUUGAGCUUUCUUUUUCUAUUUCUUUUAUCUCAGCAGAAUAUUUCUGCAUCUAUAACAGAUACUAAUUACCAAAACUUUGUUGUCUCGGCUACCACAGAGAUCAUAUGUGAGAAUUAUCUACUUGAUUGUUGA